GGCAGCCUAUGACAUCAGCCAGGAACGCCUGGGAUGCCGCUGCUCCUGGCCAACCUCCGAGGAGGAGGAGGGUCCUGCCGGCUAAGAGUUAAUUAGCCCCGCGCGGCGAGGGGGGAGGCGCCAGUAUUCUGGGGACACUGGCGGCCACUGUACUCCCAACCAGGGGAGCUCACCGAGAGUUGGAUGAAUUCUGGGCUAUUAGCUGCGGUCAGCCGCGCUCCCGAGAGCCUGUUCCUGGUGGAAAACAGGGGGCGUCUGGCAAAGGGACCAGCGGCUUCCUGAGCCUGUCAACAUGACACUUCUGGGGUCUGAGCAUUCUUUGCUGAUUAGGAGCAAGUUCAGAUCAGUUUUACAGUUACGACUUCAACAGAGGAGGACCCAGGAACAGCUGGCUAACCAAGGCAUAAUAGCACCACUGAAAAGUCCAACUGAAUUCCAUGAGCAAAGAAAAAAUCUGGAUAGUGACAAGACUGAAAAUUCCCUGAAGCACAAAGCCAGAAACAGGUCUGACCGAGCCGACUGGGUUAAUAUGCAUAUACUCCAAGCCUCCACUGCAGAGAGGUCCAUUCCAACUGCUCAGAUGAAGCUGAAAAGAGCCCGACUUGCAGACGAUCUCAAUGAAAAAAUUGCUCUCCAACCGGGGCCACUGGAGCUGGUGGAGAAGAACAUUCUCCCUGUGGAUUCUGCUGUGAAAGAGGCCAUAAAAGGUAACCAGGUGAGUUUCUCUAAGUCAGCGGAUGCGUUUGCCUUCGAAGAGGACAGCAGCAGCGAUGGGCUUUCUCCAGAUCAGACUCGAAGCGAAGAUCCCCCGGGCUCAGCGGGAUCCCCGCCAGACGCCAAAGCCUCGGAGACCCCUUUGGCAGGCCCUCUGGGGACAAUCCAGGAUCUUGCUUCUGGCUCAGAAAAUGACAGGAGUGACUCAGCCUCACAGCCCGGCCACCAGUUAGACACGGGGAAGCAGGGGCUUGGCCCCACCAGCACCCCCAUCCCUGUGCAUGCUGCUGUAAAGUCCAAGUCCUUGGGUGACAGUAAGAACCGCCACAAAAAGCCCAAGGACCCCAAGCCGAAAGUGAAGAAGCUCAAGUAUCACCAGUACAUUCCCCCAGACCAGAAGGCAGAGAAGUCCCCUCCGCCCAUGGACUCAGCCUACGCCCGGCUGCUACAGCAGCAGCAGCUGUUCCUGCAGCUCCAGAUCCUCAGCCAGCAGCAGCAGCAGCAGCAGCACCGAUUCAGCUACCCUGGGAUACACCAAGCUCAGCUUAAAGAACCAAAUGAACAGACGGUCAGAAAUUCAAACUCUUCUUCAACACCACUGAGCAAUACCCCUUUGUCCCCUGUCAAAAACAGUUUUUCUGGACAAACUGGUGUCUCUUCUCUCAAACCAGGCCCACUCCCACCUAACCUGGAUGAUCUGAAGGUCUCUGAAUUAAGACAACAGCUUCGCAUCCGGGGCUUGCCAGUGUCAGGCACCAAAACGGCCCUCAUGGACCGGCUCCGGCCCUUCCAGGACUGUUCUGGCAACCAGAUGCCGAACUUCGGGGACAUAACGACUGUCACUUUCCCUGUCACCCCCAGCACGCUGCCCAAUUACCAGUCCUCCCCCUCCACCAGCGCCUUGUCCAACGGCUUCUACCACUUCGGCAGCACCAGCUCCAGCCCCCCAAUCUCCCCUGCCUCGUCCGACCUGUCGGUCGCCGGGUCCCUGCCGGACACCUUCAACGACGCCUCCCCCGCCUUCGGCCUGCACCCGUCCCCGGCCCACGCGUGCGCGGAGGAGCCGCUCGCCAGCAGCCUGAACGGGGCCUCGGCCCCCUCCGAGCUGGACGGGCCGGACUCCGAGAAGGACAAGAUGCUGGUGGAGAAGCAGAAAGUGAUCAACGAGCUCACCUGGAAGCUGCAGCAGGAGCAGAGGCAAGUGGAGGAGCUGCGGAUGCAGCUGCAGAAGCAGAAGAGGAACAACUGCCCCGAGCAGAAGCCGCUGCCCUUCCUGGCCGCCCCCAUCAAGCAGGAAGAGGCCGUCUCCAGCUGUCCCUUUGCAUCCCAGCAACUCCCUGUGAAACGACAAAGCAGCAGCACGGAGACCCCAUCGCAGGCCUGUGCAGCCGCUCCUCUGCCGCCCCUGGGAAACGCGCACUGUGCGGAGCCCGCGGGUCAAACCGGGGUCCUUUCUUCCACGUUUCUCAGCCCGCAGUGCUCCCCCCAGCACUCGCCACUCGGGGCCGUGAAGAGCCCGCAGCACAUCAGUUUGCCCCCGUCGCCCAACAGCGCUUACUUCCUGCCCGCGCCUGGCGGGGCUCAGGGAGAAGCGCACAGGGUCUCCUCGCCCGCCGGCAGCCAGGCGUGCCCCGCGCAGAACUCCGGGGCACACGAUGGCCAUCCUCCAAGCUUUGCUUCCCAUUCUUCCAGCCUCCACCCACCUUUCUCUGGAGCCCAGGCAGAUAGCAGUCAUGGUGCCAGGGGCAACCCUUGUCCAAAAAGCCCAGGUGUACAGCAAAAGAUGGCUGGUUUACACUCUUCUGAUAAGACAGGGCCAAAGUUUUCAAUUCCAUCCCCAACUUUUUCUAAGUCAAGUUCGACAGUUUCAGAGAUAACACAGCCUCCUUCCUAUGAAGAUGCCGUAAAGCAGCAAAUGACUCGGAGUCAGCAGAUGGAUGAACUCCUAGAUGUCCUCAUUGAAAGUGGAGAAAUGCCAGCUGAUGCCAGAGAGGAUCAUUCGUGUCUGCAAAAAGUCCCAAAGGUACCCGGGCCUUCCCGGAGCCCGACCGCCGUCCUCCCCAAGCCCUCUGCUUCCUUCGAGCAAGCGUCUUCGGGAGGCCAGAUGCCCUUUGACCACUAUGCCACCGACAGCGAUGAGCACCUCGAAGUCUUAUUAAAUUCCCAGAGCCCCUUAGGAAAGGUGAGUGAUGUCGCCCUCCUGAAAAUUGGGGGUGACGAACCUCCUUUCGACGGGAUCAUGGAUGGGUUCUCCGGGAAGGCUGCGGAAGACCUCUUCAAUGCUCAUGAGAUCUUGCCAGGCCCCCUGUCCCCGAUGCAGACGCAGUUCUCACCCUCUUCUGUGGACAGCAGUGGGCUGCAGCUGAGCUUCACUGAGUCUCCUUGGGAAACCAUGGAGUGGCUGGACCUCACGCCACCGAGUUCCACGCCGGGCUUUAGCUCCCUCGCCACCAGCGGCCCCAGCAUCUUUAACAUUGAUUUCCUGGAUGUCACGGAUCUCAAUCUGAAUUCCCCCAUGGACCUUCACUUGCAGCAGUGGUAGAACACCCGACGCACAGCACUGAGGAAGACCAGGAGGAAUUCCCUGGGGAAAUGCACGCAACCAUAAAUGCUUAUGCUGUCCAAAAGAAGAAGAAGGAGUGAAUUGAAUUAAAGAGAAGCGACAGAGGAUUCCGUGACAAUUGACAAGAACAAAUAGGAGUCAAUUUUUAAAAUACAUAUCAUGCAAUAUUUACCAGCAGUCAGUACCUGUUCAUGAUUUCAGCAAUGCAAUCAAAAAUUUGCUUUCCCAGAUUAAGGCUGCCAAAAAAAUAUAUAUACAUAUUUCACUGCCUUUUCAAAUUCUAGCCCAUCACUUUUCUCAGGCAUUGUUGGGGCAUAAGCUUUUCUCAUGAGUUUACUAGACAUCCUGGGGGAAGAAAAUGUAAAGUCUUUUGGGCGUACAGGGAAGCCAGCCCCUCAAAGCUUAUGGAAGACACACCGUGGCGGAGGCUGCAGCCGAGUCUCCAUUUCCUGUCUUUUAAGAGACGCCAGACCCAGCAUUAGUUAAGGAGCUCCUGAGACAGAAUCAAGGGACAGAACCAACCCAUUCCCAGGGAAGCAAAGUCAACUCAGUUGUCCUCUGCCACAAAACUGCCCCACUGGAGCGGGUCUGAUCCUGUAGCCAGGACUCUUUGUGGUCACUGAUAACAACUAACCUGCCUUGAGUCCAGAGAACUCCACCCAGAACUUUCUUCUUUUUAAGCCAGUGGCCCAGUCAUUCCCACCAUCUCUGUGCUGACAAGCAUAUGUCAUAGGUGAGGACCUUGAAGCAAGAAAAGCUCCUGUCCCUGAAGGAGAGGCCUCAGGUUCUCCAGCAUAGCCCCCUUUCGUUCCAAAGACUAGACAUGACCACACAGGCAGAUGGAAAGAUAUCUGGAGGCACAGGAAGCCACAUCAGGGAUCACUCAGACAGGACUAGAGAGCAGUAUCCUUUCACAUACCCUGGGAAACAUACCACGGGUUACUGUAACAGGAUUAUCACUUAUGGAGGUCCAACUUCUUUUUUUGUUCUCAUAUUAUCAGUUUUUCUCCUACUCCACUUUUCUUUCCAGAUAUUGAUGCAUUCUUGCUCCUCUCUUGACAGUCUUUCUUUUUCUGCCCCAGCACUGGGAGGGGAGGACCUCUCAGUUCUCACAAGCUGCCAUACUCCUGAUAAAGCCAUUUUUUUUGAAAUGUUAAUCCAGGUUCUUCUGGAGAACUCAUUCUCCACGUGCACAGUUUGCUGCAAAAGGAAGUCAUGAGAAUUUCAUUAGGAAGAAACUGGUGACUAGGUCCAUCAGUCAUAAAUAUCGUUCUAUUCUCAUUUGAUUGACAAGCAACCACCAGUUUGUGUUGCUCUGGGGAAAUUGGAAUUCAUUAUAUUGUAAAGGUAGAUAUGGAGGACAUUUACAGGAGAGAGAGCAUUUCAGAGUUUCUGAAAGAAAACACAUUUGCACAUUGAAAGUGAUGGAAGGAAAGACAAUGGUCCAAUGUGCAUUCCUUAUUACCUCUCGUGCUUUGGCUGGGAGUUGGGAAAAACUCAAAUUGCAGGACAGUUUCUGUGAGGCUCACUGUGGCUCCAAUUCACCAUUUUAUAGUGUUGCAUGCUGUAGAAAGGAGCUAUUGCUAUUAUUUUGUUUUUUUAUUUAAAUCACUAAGGCACUGUUUUCUUCUUUUGUAAAAAAAAAAAAAUGUUGU